AUCUCUUUGUUCCCUUCUGUUUACGCUUUCUAACAUUCCUGAACGUCAAUAUUGACGCUUUCAAAAUCGUCUAUUUAUGUUUUUCAUACUCUUUGCUCAAUUAUAAAUAACUCCCACUCUCAACCAUAUUUCUACAUCAAACGUAGAGCAAUUAACAUUGAUUGUGUGAAAAUGUUAUUUCCCAGUUAUAUGAGGGAAGGUCUGGUAGCCAUUGUUGUGGCAGGAAUAUUUCUUGCCGGAUCGGUGUCGGUAAAGGCUCAAUCGGUGGCGGAUAUAGUAACACCUGAGUUCUUUAAUGGGAUUUUGGAUCAGGCAGAUGCAAGUUGUGAAGGGAAGAACUUUUACUCAAGGGCUGCAUUUCUUGAGGCUUUCAAUUCUUUUCCUCAGUUUGGUACAGCUGAUGAUACUAGGCGUGAGGUUGCAGCUUUCUUUGCUCAUGUCACCCAUGAGACUGGACAUUUUUGCUACAUAAAUGAGAUAAAUGGUGCAACCAGGGAUUACUGUGAUGAGACCAAUACCCAAUAUCCAUGCAACCCUGACAGAGGUUACUAUGGCCGUGGACCAAUCCAAUUAUCCUGGAAUUUCAACUAUGGACCAGCAGGGGAGAGUAUUGGCUUCGACGGCUUAAACUCGCCUGACACCGUCGCGACAGACCCUGUUAUCUCGUUCAAGACGGCAUUGUGGUAUUGGGUGAACUUUGUUCAACCUGUCAUAGGUCAAGGGUUCGGGGCAACCAUUCGCGCCAUUAAUGGGGCUAUUGAGUGCGAUGGUGGAAACCCUGAUACGGUUCAGGCUCGGAUUAACUACUAUACUCAAUAUUGUAAUCAGCUUGGUGUUGAUCCCGGGCCAAAUCUCACCUGCUAGAAUUUGCUUUUAAUUUCUUGUUUUUGUUACUUUAAUUACUCCCCUAAAUAAAAAAAAUAUUGUUCCAUGAAAUGAAAUAAAUAUCAUUAAACAUCAAUAAAUUAC